CGGUUGUUCCCACGCUUUCCCCAACUGACGAAUUCACAGGAAACAACUUCGCAAAACAACCCGUCAAACAUCCGCCCCCACCCACCAUCGCCGCAUCCCCACUGACUGGAGAUAUACUUUCAAGCUACCCACGAACCUGCUGAGCCCUCGUCAAGAAAGGAAGAAACCCAGCCGCUCUCAGUGAGUGUAAAACUGUUGGACUCCGAACGAACUCGUGGAAGGAAGGCACAGCAAAGUCAACCUCGGACCUCGAACUCGCUCGGAAUCCCGCCGUUCAGCCUCGGACUGCAUAGAACUGCCUCGGAAGACUUAGCUCAAUUCCCACGAAACCACAUACCGUACAACCUCCUCCAGCGAUAACACCAAGAGAGCGCCUCUGACCGUCAACCCUAUCAAACUAACUCGGCAUCUCGCACAACGGCCGCCACGCCCAAUCCCUUCAAAACCGCCCAUCGCCACCUUCCCCACGCACUUCCCCACCCAACAACCCCUUCGAAAAUGGCCCACGACCAAUCCCGCAACCCUGACCGCUACAUACGUCUCGAAAAGCUCGGCGAAGGCACCUACGCAACCGUGUACAGAGGCAAAUCGCGCAUCGACGGCGCUACAGUCGCCCUCAAAGAAAUACACCUUGACAACGAGGAGGGUGCGCCCUCAACCGCCAUCCGUGAAAUAUCACUCAUGAAGGAACUCAGGCACAAGAAUAUUGUUCGAUUGCAUGAUGUUGUCCAUACGGAAAAGACACUCACGCUGGUGUUUGAGUAUAUGGAUCAGGAUUUGAAGAAGUAUAUGGAUGGACUUCCGACCCAUGGACAGGUGGACCCGAGAACGGCGAAAUGGUUCAUGUAUCAGUUGAUUCAGGGGAUUGCUUUUUGUCAUGAUAAUAGGGUGCUUCAUAGAGAUUUGAAGCCUCAGAAUUUGCUGAUAAACCAGAAUAAAGACUUGAAGUUGGGAGAUUUCGGACUUGCACGAGCAUUCGGGAUCCCCGUCAACACAUUCUCCAACGAAGUCGUGACACUAUGGUACCGCGCCCCUGACGUCCUCCUGGGCUCGCGCAACUACUCCACCUCAAUCGACAUCUGGUCCGCCGGCUGCAUCAUGGCCGAAAUGUACUCCGGCAAGCCCCUCUUCCCCGGCAAAACCAACGAAGACCAGCUCUUCAAGAUCUUCAAGCUCCUCGGCACGCCCAACGAAGACACCUGGACCGGCGUCUCCGAGCUGCAGGAAUACAAAACCAACUGGCCGCUCUACCCCGGCCAACAUCUCUCCGAACGUAUCCCCCAGCUCGACUACCUGGGCCUCGAGCUCCUGGGCUCUAUGCUGCGCUACGACCCCUCCACGCGGAUAUCCGCAAAAGACGCCCUCUUACACCCGUACUUCAACGAUAUCCACCUCCAAAUCCACCAACAGCAAUUGCAGCAGCAGCAGUUCAUGAUGCCGACGCCCCUCACGACCCCGCCGACCCUCCAGCAGCAGCAGCAGCACCACCAGCAGGCGAUGAUCAACGCGGGGUAUAUCCACGCGAUGGCGCCGCAGAUGCAGAUGCAGAUGAUGCCGAUGGGGGCGAUGCAGAUGCAGGCGGUGCCGAUGGGAGCGGUGCCGGUGCAGAUGGCGCCGAAUGGGCAGAUGUUGGCGUACACUGAUUCGCAGUUGGCGGGAAUGGGCAUGGGAGGGGUGGGCAUGAGUGGGGGGUACAUGGGGUGAUUGUCCAUGCGUCCGUGCUUGUGGACUCAAAUUGGAUGGAGCAACGCUUAGCCGCCGUUGUGACGGGAGGACGGCAUUUUAUGGAGAGUCCUCCUCGUGUGGCUUUAUCGCUCCGACAACAACACCCGACUGACGCGGGGCUCCUCAAAACGACGCAUCCUUUCGAUGUCGCCGAACCCCCGCUUUCAGAGACCGCCAUCCACCUCCGCACAUCAUGUAUAAAGAUCCUGCCCUCCCCUUGUCAUUCCCUUCGAUCGUAGGGGGG